AUGGGCUCUUACUCAGCCAUGAUCACUCGUCGUCAUCUCUUCAAGCCAGACCGUCCUGGGCCUUCCAUUUUUCCCACAUCACAGCAACCGCCGACAGUAUCAGCAACACCGCCCCCCACAGCAACUGCAUUUCCGGCUGUCUCUGCUUGCAGCCAUGCGGCUCAAUUCUCUGGUAUUUGGUCACAGACACUGCCUAUUCACAGAAGCAGGUUAGCCGUCUCCUCGCCCACUUCUGCCGGUUUCGCUGUCGUUGGUUCUAGUUCUGUUGUCGAGGCUCAAGCGGUCCAGUUUGCCGCUCUCAAGGCACCAGAUGCCACGGUCACUGCUGCUGACCCGGCCCACACGAACGUGACAAUUCGCUCUCUGGUCUCACAGCCCCCCUCCCCUCCAACCAUGGCCAACCCUCUUCUUGCCUCUGCGGUCAGCACCAGCCAAAGUGGUCCAUUGUUCGCUCGUGCCGUCCGUCGGGGCCAGUUGCAAGAAUGGCCUGCGACACAUUUUUCUGAGCUCAAUCAGGAAGCUGGUACGUCGAGGGCUUUAGUUCCUGAACCGAGUGGUAGUCCAGUUGAGGCGGGCUCCACUGCGCCUAUCUCACAGGCCUUGCCGGAGUUGUCCGAACCCUUGCCGGUCGGACAUGUGGCCAGGGCUCAAGUGGAUAGUGGCCAAGAGGGGCGAACUGAUGGCUCACACGUCCAGAAGGAUGAACGGUCUCAAUCAGACGCGCCCACUAUGCCAGAACCAGAGCCACAUGAGCCGAUCAGCACGCGACUGAGAAAGUUCAGAACUUCCGCAGGCGAACCGAUUUCCCCGAGGCUUCGUCAUCUCUUUUCACGGCAGAAAAAAUAG